UGUCCAGGCGCUGCCUCCUCCUUGGUGGGCUGGGGGAGGGGGUGCAUGAGAGGAACCUGCAGGUCUUCUCAGCACACAUCCCUCUCGGGUUUGCGCCCUGCGCGGCUGAGAGCCCGCCUUCUCCGCGACUUCGGUUCUUGCUUGAGGGGCGUCCAGCCUGCGGCCAAGAUGUCCCCAGUGGGGAAGGUGACCCAGGUCCCGAGCGGGAAUGUCUACCAGCAGAUCUUCGAGGCUGAGGUGCAGCUGGUCCGCUCCCUGGCGGCCACCAGGCAGCGGGCUGUGGAGUGUUCCCUGUCCCCGAAGAAUGGCAGGAAGCCGUUGAUGAAGAGGGUGGAUAUUCCUGAGGGGGAGAUGAUGUCUCCGCGGCAGCAGAAGUGGGUGCACAGCCUACCCAAUGACUGGGUCACGGAAAACCCUGUUCUCUACAGAUAG